AUGAGUAAACUGGAAGGCACAAAUACAGAGCCUGAAAACGACGCACAUGACGCGCACGCCCGUAACAAAAAUGUUGCCGAUUUGGUGGUGGUUGAGGCCCUCCAUGACAAUCGUGAGCCACUGAGCGAGGCGAAGCGGUUCAGCAUCGUUUCGGUGGCCGUGUUUGGCUCCAUCGCAGCCUCCUUUGCGCACUUCUUUAACCUCUUCAGCGGUGAACUUGAGAAGAAGUACCAUCUAACACAGCGAGAUCUGUCAACUGUCGGCACGGCGGGUAUCGUGUUCUGCUAUUUUACGCUGCCAUACGGAUUUAUUUAUGACCACUUUGGCCCCGUGCCUCUUUUUUGCAUUGCGGCGGUGUUCUUUCCGCUCGGUUCUCUCCUGAUGGCGUUGUCGUUUAAUGGAUAUAUCUACGGCACGGUGGUGCGUAUCAGUGUUUUUAAUGCCAUCCUAAACAUUGGCACCAUCAUGUUUGAUAUUGCCAUUCAAAUGACGAUGCUCAGCAUAUUUCCAUCCAGUCGGGGAGCCAUUGUGGCGGUAGCGAAGACAUUCAAUGGACUGGGCUCUCCAAUUGUUGGAACAAUUCAGCUUGCCUUCUUUAACGGGCAUCCAGACCGCUUCUUCUACUUUCUGAUGGUACUGGUGGUGGUGAUUGCUGUUGGAUGCAUGUUCGUCAUUCGUUUGCCUCACUACCACCUGACCGGCUACCAGCGGUCGCACUUAAGCGAAGAGGAGAAGAAGAAGCGUCUUGCCACCCGGGGACAGUACCUGCGCCAGAAAACUCCCAUUCCCCGUUUUGCGAUCGCAAUCUUCUUUGAGAUUAUACUCAUUGUCUAUUUGCCGUUGGAAGGGGCUCUUGUUUCCUACCUUAAACUUGGGCAGCGCUACAGGCUGGCGUUUGCACUCACCACCAUUGUGCUGGUCUGUGUGCCCCCCAUUAUCAUGCCGCUUCCACUGAGGAUCCUUGACCGGGAGUGGUGGUCGAAUUGGCGACGACGACGUCGCCAACAUGAUAAGGAAAUGGCGAAGUCGAACGCCAACAACCCGAAUGAACGAGCCGAACCCUUUGAGACAUUGAUGGAGAAUGGUAGUACAAGUGAAGACGCCCGGGUGGGUGUGGAGACCGAUGUGGAUUACAUUGCACCGCAGUACCAGACGACGUUCCUGCAAAGUCUCUGCACGCCAAGGCUGUGGGGUGUAUUGUGGACGUUGUUUGCCACAGUGGGUGCGGAAACUGUUCUGAUGCUAAACGCGAGUUACAUUUUUGCCGCACUCUCCGGUGAGCCGGUGUCGCCAUCAUUGAGAAUUCUUCUGACCGUGCUGGACGGCGUUGGCAGUGCUGUUGGCCGCCUGCUCAUGAGUGCGUUUGAGGUCUGGUCACAAAAGAAGAAGCCGGAGGAACGUAUUCCCAUGACGGCUGCCCUUUUUGUUCCAUCAUUUAUCAUGGUCGUCGUGCUGGUGCUCAUCCUCACGGUGCCAAAAGUGGCCCUUCCAUUGCCGUAUGUCUUAGGUUCGCUGGCCAACGGGCUCCGUGCUGGCGUAAUCGUCCUGAUGAUCCGCACCAUAUACGCCAAGGACGUUGCCAAGCACUACAAUUUCUGUUUUUUGUCAACGGUAUUCUCGACGAUUCUGUUGAACCGGUUUGCGUACGGCGAGUGGUAUACCCGUGAGGCGGAGAAGGUUGGCACCCUUUUGUGCCUGCAACGCCGCUGCGUCCUCAUGCCGCUGUUGCUGAUGUUGGGCAUCAACUGCACAUCCUUCAUCUCCAGUGUGUACGUGCAUAUUUCGUACCUGCGUUUCAGUCGCAGGACGCUGGCGGAGCGACGCCGCAUCAAAGAAGAGGCGAGGCAGCAAGCAGCGGACAUUUGCAUCGAUCACUCAGAAAAUGGCAAAAAGUGA